GACUCCGGGAACAACAUGUAAACGCGAGCCAAUAAGCGAACGAAUGUAUUUUUCGUCUAACAUGCAAUACAGGUUUUAUUCUCUCGAAAGUCGAGUUUCACGAUUAGAUGAACAAAGCUACGCGAUCUGAGCACUGCUAGUCUGACUUAAAAACUUAAGGAGUUUUGCCAGUUUUGAGCGGACAAUUGUAAUCAAAACUUCCGUCACGCACUAGCACGGGAACUGUGAUUGCGCGUCGAGUGAUAGAGAGAAAGCAUUGCAUCGUAGAAAUUGACGAAAUACUCAACGACUCAGUUUUCGAAAGAAAGCAGGCAGAAGUAAUUAGCUGUUGGGAAUACUGAACAAUCGACAUGUUAUUUUACAUUAUUGCAUUCAGCGUUGCAAUACUUGGAUUAUCCUCAGCCAACAAACCUACGCUUCCUGUAACCAGCUGCAAACGGGGUUCAGAUGAUUAUUCCGCUUGUUUAAAACGUGCUUUUCAAGAAGCAUGGCCACGAUUUGUUGCAGGGAUGCCAGAAUUUGACUUUCCAUCUUUGGAUCCAUUAUAUUACAAAUAUGGCAAAGUUGUAUAUAAUUCAGACCUGAUACAUGCAAACGUUAUUGGGUCAAAUAUCACUGUUUUUGGUUUCUCGAAGACUCAUGUUUUUGAUAUCAGAACACAUUUUUUUAAUGAUAAUUUCCGUUUGGAAAUUGACGUAAUUUCACCGAAACUAUUCAUACAAGGUAUCAUGAAUGUAAAUGGUACUCUAGGAGAUAUAUUCGGAUUUGUUAAUGAAGGUCCUUUUAAUAUAACUGGUGAUGAUGUGAGAGCAACGUGGGAUUUAACAGGUCAUGUAGUAAAUGACACGUGGAUUGUAGAACACUUUCGUAUGUUACCGUCAGUUGAAUCGGUUAAAGUAUAUUUUAACCUUUUUCCAGACAACAAAGAAUUGAAUGAUCUUGCUGUAUCUUUUGCGAACUUAUACUGGCCACUAUUAUAUUAUAAUUUGAUACCAACAAUGUCUAAUGUAUGGGAUCCAUGGGUAGCUGGUAUCGCUAAUAAGUUUUUUUCGAAAGUUUCCUUCUCAGAAGUAUUUCGAUAAAACUCAUAUAAUGAUUUACAAAGCGAUGUAAAAUUAGAGGAAAUCUAGAUUUUCUCAUCAAUCUAAUAAUAAAUGUUAUUAAAAUUGCCACUAAAUUACUAUCUCGCAUAAUUUGGCCGUAAAUAAUUGU